AACAUAGAACUGCCUAUGAUAUCACAUAUCGAGACAUUCAUGUUUUUUUUUAAGACCGGAGCUUUGGAGGGACAAAACGCAAUUCUGAACAACGUGAAGAUCCCUUUGAGUGAACAGCAGUUACUCGAUUGUUCUGCUUCUUAUGGUAAUGGUAACUGUAAUUAUGGAGGUAAUAUGGCAGCCGCAUUCGAAUAUGUCACAGACUAUGGAAUAGAAGCAGAUCAGUCUUAUUCAUACAAAGGCAGACAAACUGUGUGCCAGUACGACGCCAACAAAAUAGUUUUGAAAAUCAAAGGGUAUAAAAAUGUGACCGCAUCUGAAGAGGAACUCAGAAAAGCUGUUGGAACCAUCGGUCCGAUAUCGAUUGCCAUAAAUGCUGAUCCAUUACAUUUGUAUAUUGGAGGAAUAUUGAGCGGACGAGGAUGUUCAGAUGAACUGGACCAUGCUGUACUUGCUGUAGGUUAUGGAGAGGUAUCUCAGUCGUCUGCCAAAAUCAAGUUCUGGAAAGUCAAAAACUCAUGGGGAGAUUACUGGGGAGAAGACGGGUACUUCAGAAUCAAGAGAGAUGCUAACAAUCUAUGCGGUAUUGCCAAUGACCCAAGCUACCCUGUUCUUCAAUAAGGUUGACCGACACUUUGUCAUCAUGAAAUUUCUGAAUAUUCCAUUCAAAUAUUCAAUUCAAAACCUUUAUUAACAAUGUAUGAUAACUGAAAAAUAAAUACACGGUAAAAUCAAACUAA